ACAUUUCGUUACAUUAUCUCACAAUCAUAGUUGACCACGCCCCUUUAUCUCUAUGAAAAAAACUCGCGAUGAUAAAAUACCUUUCUGUAAAGCAGACGACAUCAGACAUGUUGAUUUUUCUGUAGGUUCUGUGAAGCCGAUACGGAUCGCUGUCAUUGCUACAAAAAUGUCUUUGUAGUUAUCAGGGUGUAGGUCAUUUAAUUGUAGUCUUAUUAAAUAAUCCGUGCAAAAUUUUGUAUAAUAUAAGCAUUAUUAGAAGUAAGAAGAGGAUUCACUCCACCCGAAUCAGGGGUAGCGAUGCAAGUGGUGUCAAUUCGGUGGAGAUAAUACAGUGCGGUGCAUGAUGUGGGCGCAGUGAGGUGGUACACGGCACCACGGCUUCGUCUGUGGCGGGUGGCGCGCGGGGAGCCGAGUCUCCUUCGCAGGCCAACCAGGACACCGUGGAUAACGCCACUCCCACCUGCUGGUGGGCGGCGUGGUCAGCCAUGGGGUGCUUCGGGUCGCCGGGCGCCAAGAGCGGCGAGGACGACGCCAAGUCGCAGAAGCGCCGCAGCGACGCCAUCACCCGCCAGCUGCAGAAAGACAAGCAGCUGUAUCGCGCGACACACCGCCUGCUGCUGCUGGGCGCGGGCGAGUCGGGCAAGUCCACGAUCGUCAAGCAGAUGCGCAUCCUCCACGUCAACGGCUUCUCCGACAAGGAGCGGCGCGAGAAAAUAGAGGAUAUCAAAAAGAAUAUCCGAGACGCUAUACUUACAAUAACAGGCGCGAUGAGCACUUUGAGUCCGCCCAUUCCGCUUGAAAAACAAGAAAACAAAGCACGAGUUGACUACAUUCAGGAUGUGGCAUCACAACCAGACUUUGAUUACCCUCCAGAGUUCUACGAGCAUACAGAGGAGCUUUGGAAGGACCAGGGUGUUCAACGCACGUACGAGCGCAGCAACGAGUACCAACUCAUUGACUGUGCCAAGUAUUUCCUGGACCAGGUGCACAUCAUAAAGCGCGCGGACUACACCCCCACGGAGCAGGACAUCCUGCGCUGCCGAGUGCUCACCUCCGGGAUCUUUGAGACGCAGUUCGUCGUCGACAAAGUCAAUUUCCACAUGUUCGACGUCGGUGGUCAGCGCGACGAGCGGCGCAAGUGGAUCCAGUGCUUCAAUGACGUCACAGCCAUCAUCUUCGUGACGGCGUGCUCCUCGUACAACAUGGUGCUGCGGGAGGACCCCACGCAGAACCGGCUCCGGGAAUCCCUCGACCUUUUCAAGAGCAUAUGGAACAACAGAUGGCUCCGCACGAUAUCCGUGAUCCUGUUCCUCAACAAGCAGGACUUGCUUGCGGAGAAGGUGCUGGCCGGCAAGUCGCGGCUGGAAGAAUACUUCGCGGAGUUCGCGCGCUACCAGACCCCGCCCGACGCCAGCCCCGACGCGCGCGACCACCCCGAGGUCGCGCGCGCCAAGUACUUCAUACGAGACGAGUUCCUUCGUAUAAGCACGGCGAGCGGCGACGGCAAGCACUACUGCUACCCGCAUUUCACGUGCGCGGUCGACACUGAGAACAUCAAGCGGGUGUUCAACGACUGCCGCGACAUCAUCCAGCGCAUGCACCUGCGCCAGUACGAGCUGCUCUAACGCGACUCGAGACACGCGACACACGCACACACCGAAAACACAAAAGAGAAGUGCAAUACGGUCGCCGACACUGGCCGGAGCCCGUCAGCGACACACACACAACCCCCACUCGCCGCGCGGCGACACACACACAUCAACAAUCGGGCAACUGUCAAACAACUUCGAUUUGUCGGGUGUACUAGUAAGUAAAGUGUAUAACUCUAUCUCGCACUGUAUGAGUCGCACCACUAACCAGUCGGAACUUAGUGCGAGUUGCGUCGUAUUAGCGUAAGAUCACACGACAAUACAAAACCGGUGAAGUGCGAGUCAGACUCGCACACGAAGAGUUUAGUACCAUCAUACAAGAAAUAACACUUGUAAUUUUUUUUUAAUUUAAGUGGCUGCAGUUUUGCAUCUCUUGUCCUUAUUGCACUUAUUUAUUUUGAAAUUGUCUAUCUCUGUCUUAUUGUUGCGAUAACUGUCUGCAAGAAGGUCAUAUGACUAAACGUUUUUGAAGCUAAAAUUGGUCUUUCGUGAUCUUACGCGUUGAAUACUAGAGCAAGUUCCGACUUCGAAGCGAUUGUAUAAAGUGCGAGUCAUGUCUUCUUAGAUAGUGAACUGAGGGUAGGUAUAUAGGAUAUCGCUGUCUCUUUUCUAUGAAUCCGACAGAUCGAAGUUUCAUUGCAUCUCGUAUAUAUGUGCGAAAUUUCGUUCCGAAUUUACCCAAUACCUUUUCUUCAGAGUUGGCAUUGUUUUAAACUUGUUUAAAUUUUUUUUUUAAGUUUUAAACAUGUUUUAAUCCUUUUUUUAAUCAAAAAUGUUUAAACUAUUUUUGCCCAACCAUGCUAUUCUUAGUAAAGUAUCGUAUGGGUUUCAAUGAUUAUCGCGAAAUUAUCGGCCGUAUUAUCGACCGAUAUAUCGGUUGGAAUUUCGCACCUGUUUAGGAGAGACGUUAAUCUGUACUUAGUCGUAAGAUUACAUUAAUGAAUAGGCAUCUUAAUAGGCGAAAUUUAACCAAUUAUACGAAAACACCACCACUAAUAAAAUAAUACGAAGAAUUUUCUAAAACUUGUAAUUAUUUCAAGAUCAAACUUAUAAUUAUGUACAAUAUUUUCGGAGAAAAAAAAUAAUUUUCUAUCGUCUAUUGAUAUUGGUUUAACUAAUUUCGUUUAAAUGCAAGCGUGUUUCCGUAUUUUAAUGCACAGUUUUUUUUGUUCUUCAAAAUGUAUUAUAAUAGAGUCAAAAUACGUAUGAUAUUAUAGACGCGUGACCGUUUUCUUAUCUGUGCAUUUGUUUCGUGUGGUUAGGACUUUAUGGGUCACUUUGGAGUUUAUGAAGUGCGUUAUUUGGAUCUCAAUUGAAAAACUCGUUGGAAAAAUUUUAGUUGACAAAAUUUCGGCAAAAACGGAAGACUUUUCUUAGGAUGACUUUUCAUCAAAACGGAGACGAAAAGGAAGACGCCUUUGUAUAAGAUUUGAUAUCUCACCAACGUAGAUAGAAUUUGAUUGUCGAAAUCGUCGAUUGUAACAUAAAAUGGACCUUAAUUGCUUUGUUUCAAGUUUGUCCAUAGUGUCUGCAGCGAGCGCUCCAAGCGGAAAUGUUGUGAACUUCAAAUCUGUGGUAGGUACUGAUUACUGAAGUUUUGACUUUAAAUCAAGGAUCUUUAGGUCGAUUUUACUUUGAUGCUAUUUGGUGAGACGUAAAAUCUCAUACUAAGACCAGUAAAUGGCAAUCUCAAUAAUCUGAUUGGUUUGACUGAAUACUCCACUCCGUUCCGUUUGUCUCCGCUCAGUGGAAACACAGCCCAAAACCUAAUUUGUUAGACAAAACUUUUGCGGACCUUUGACUACUCUUUUCGAGAACUGUCAAGAUUGACGUUAAAAAGUGCGUGUCGCUCCUUUAGAUUGUCAAACUCAAUUAAAACUUUUACGUAAACAUUGAUGGAUUCACCAGAAAAACUUAAACAAGGUUUAAAUUGACGUUAAACACGGGUCUGUGUGGGCUACACGAAUUUAAUGUUUGUUUUUUGAUAAGUCAGUUAUGUUGUUCUGUUCUGUUGUUCAGUGUGGCUCUACCCCCACAAACUAUCUUUUUUUAAAAAAAUUGGAAAUUUUUUACGUAAACAUUGAGUUUCAUAGUACAACUCAACGUAAAAUUCUUUUCGGGGGAUAGUUUGUAUGUCAGUAUGGGUUCUGUGACAGCGAAACGGCACAGUGUGCGUGGACUUUAAAAAUGCGUUUAUUUGAAACGCUAAAUUUGUGUCGUGUGUGAUUUCGGAUUGUCUCGCGGCGUGUUCUACAAAUCAGCCAAACUUCUAUCAUAGACAAUUUUUUUAAAAGCUAUGCACAAAUAUUUAAACCAAUCAUAAAGCUGGAAAGUACGAUUCAUUUACAAAAAGAGUUUCAAGAUUGAUAAUAAUUUAUGAUUAGUCAAAGCACACUUAACGUUAACUUAUCUUUCAUGUAGUAUGGACGAGUUUGUGUUGACAUCUCCCUACUAAACAGACUUACAACAGGUGACGUUAAGGGCUUUGGUCUAGUUAAAUGCAUGACUGUCGAUUAAAGUUAAGUUACCGAUGGUUAACUGAAACAGUAACGUAACUUUUACCUGUUAUGCAACCUGGACCUUAGCAUAUAUAGUAAACGUAUUUUGAGAUCUCCAUAUUAAAUGCGCAAUGGCAGAUUUAUAUUAACUUGAAAAGUUUCAUUCAAGGCUUAGAUCUUUCAAAGUGAAUUAUGGUAGGAAGAUGAAUUAUGGUCUAUGGUAGGAAGUUUAGAGGCUGAUAUUAGGCAAAAAUACCAUUUUAUAUUAAGGAUCAUCGGUGCGAAAGCGUUAACAGGAGGCUAGAUUAGUAUUUCAUAACAUAAUAUACAUGUUAAGAGCACGAAUUUUGCUUUCGCCUUAAAAAUUAACACUGUUUUGUGUUAAAAAACUUGUUUGUUGCUGGAUUGACGUAUUUAUUUUAUAUUGCGAAACAAUAUUAUAAUGGCAUAUUUGGUUUUGCAACUGCAAAAAUUCGACUGUUUUUAUUGCAAAACGCUGUAUGUCAUUUUUUUUUUUGUUACAUGUUUCACAAUAAUGUUUCUUUAUUCAAUGAUUGAUAGUAAAAAGUUUAUGAAUUGGAAUGCCUCUAGCAUCCUUAUGGAAAAAAUAAUGACUAAGACUGAAUGAAUACUUGUAUAGUUGACAAAAAAUCUUCAUAUUAUAAAUCCGUGAUAAACAAAAAGUUAUUACACAAUUACAUAUGUAUAAUUUUGACAUAGAAUGUUUUGCAAUAAGCAUGGCGAAAAGUAAGCGGUUGAGCUGUCAAAUAAUUUCAAUGAAAUUGUUUGAAUUUUUAUAAGUUUAAGAAAAUAAACUUGGCAUCACAAAACUUGUCUUCAACUAAUUGCAUUGAAGUAGUUUUUGACAGAUAACGAGUUAUAAGCGCCAGUUUACACAGUGUUGUACGACUUAUACGUUGAGUAACUCUGGCCUUUACUACUUCAUAUUAAUUAAUCCAAUGGAGACCAGAAAAUAUUUACAACUAAAACAUUUUAGUUAUUUAUUCAGGUACCCAAGUAUAGGCCAAAUUUUAUUUACUUAUGAUUUAAAAAAAACUUUUCUCAUCUGUUUUUAUAUUAGUCGUUUGUAGUCAAAUAUACAAUCUUGUAUAGCCUUUUUGUUUUUUUUUUUUUACUGAAAGCCUUAUUUAGAAACUUUAUUUUUUUUGCUGUCUGUAUAUUUUUGAUUGUAGAGAUUUCUAAGCUAUUAUUGAAAACGUUUUUUGUCGUUGUUUUUUGGCAUGCGUUGUUAGGGUGCCUUCAUACUUAUUCGGGCCGCAAACAUUCUGUAUUCCCGACAAAAUUACUUGAGUUUUUCGACUGGAAUUUGUGAGACGUAUAUCAAAUGGCGAUUUCAUUUUAUACUAUUUCGUAUACAGUUCAAGACAGUUAUAUAGCUUAGAACAAUUUGUAACAACAACUUCACGUAGGCGUAUUGACUUCAAUCUGUGUGUAUUCAAUUAUUUUGCACGGUAAAUGUUGUGAUUCGACAUAUUAUAACAACAUUAUGAUACAUACUGGCAUUUUUGUAACUCUGCUGUUUUCGUGCAAAAUUAUGCUCAAGUACUAGGCAUAUUGAACACAAGGACGAAAGCAUAACACCCGGCUUGGAUCGAACCAAAAUGCGCCGGCCCGAAUAAGUGUGGAGACACUUUAGGUUACAUUUAAAUGUUUAGUUCUUAUGACGUCUUCCAUUACGUAGUUUUUUAUUAACUUUUAUUUUUAUGUUUUAUCGUCGUAUGACUUUAAUUAAGCGCACAUUUGACUAAACAACAAAAAGCGACAGCUUUGCUAUUUUUAACUUACUUAUUAAUUAUUAUUGUUAGGUACAGGGUGCUCCGUAAUUUAUGAAUAUGAUAAAGAAAUCCAAUUAAAAAUUACAUUUUUGUGUAACUUUUAAUAGAUUUUAGUUUCGAUAGCUCAACGGUUUAGUUGGCGGUCUGAAAUCCGAAAGGUCUUGGAACGAAAACUUGUGCUAAAUUGGUCAUGUUUAACAUUUUGGACCAGUUUCGUGAUUUCUCUUCGUUUUAUUCAUAAGAUACUGAACAUUCUGUAUAUGAUUCUUUUUAUUUAAGGUCCAAAGAAUUCGCUCCCCGCAUUCAAUGCGGUGUCUUUAAGAAUAUCAAUUGUUAGCAGUAUUUGAAUUAAUUUGUUCAAUAAUUUCUGAUUAAAUUAAAUUAAUUAAUAUAUUUCCCACAUAUUUUAAGAAGGUUAAAUUAGCCCUAAGUACAAAAUGUUACUAACCCAAUAAGCCCUAACAAAUUAUUAUUAUUAUUACAAUCAUUAAAUAUAUUAUAUUAAUAAAAUUAUGACUAUUUUUUAUUUAUAUAAAUAAUUGGUUAAUGUACUUACAAUGUGUUUGUUAGUGGAAAUGCAUUAAAAAGAUCUAUUUUUCGUUAAUUCUUUUAAGUGUAAGUAAAAGUUAGGUGUAAUUUUUUUUGUUUGUUUUUGCACGUCAUUAUUAUUGUAAAAGUUCUAGAUAUCGUGUUGAUAUGCUGGUUUCCUUUAGGCGACAAUCUAAAUUCAGUCCAUGACUACUGAUGAUUGGUUGACGAGAUUGACGCCGAAAGUCUGAAUGAUAGGUCUAAAUGUAUUGCUCUCUUUCAGAAUGUUCCCUUUUAAAAAUGAUAGCACUAGAUUUAGGUCUGUCACUUUAGUAUAUAAUGAUCAAUUCUCUUGAUUCCCAUUCGGCCAAAUAGAUAAGUCUCUUUAUCGUUCGGCGAUUUUGCAUCUGCAUCGAUUUUAUCAACCAAUCGCGUGUUCUUGCGCGGUAGAAAUCCCCUCACGUCUCCUUCAGUUUGCCAGUGAGACCUAAAAAUCGAUAAUGCCCAUUUGUUCAAGAUGUUUUCAGUAUGCGGCCAUAUGACUUUCAAAUCGUAUUUUAUUCUUAACCGUAUGUUGUGAUGUUAUUGACCAAAAUACCCAAAAUAAGAUGACAGAUUGAUGCAAUUCCUGAUUGAUCGUGUAAUGGUCGCCUUAGCAUUUAUAUGCUUUUUUUUAUACAGGAGAAUCUGGUCUGUGGUUUUAUUUGAAACCAUAAGUCACCUAGGACUUUUUACAAUAAAAAUGUCGAUCUCCUAACAUGCUUAGUGGACAUGAAAAAAAAUUAUAUAUAAAAUAAUUAACAUAAAUAAGAUUUAUAUAAUCUGUAUUCAUGGUCCUUAAUAUAACAUUGUAGAAGUUUGUUAGUGCUCUGUGCCAUAAAAGUGUUGCUACCGGAAGCACAAUACCCCUAAUGUUACCAUUGUGAAAAAUCAACCAAUAUCUUAAUUUUAGAAUUUUAACUGUUGUGAGUGGCACUCAUAAUAAUUUACAAAAAAGAAGUCGGUUGGCUUACGGCGGAAUUUUGUCGGUGUAUAUCCGACAAGUUUCAGAUUCAAUGUGCCUCUAUUCAUAGAUCGUGUUGCGUUGCGUCGAUGAGCUCAUGACUAAGAACCCUGGUUGGGGGUUAAACUUGUCGGCCGUACACCGACAAAACGCCCAGGCAACCGAUGUCUUGUACAUUAUUACAAUAAUUAAUAAUAUGUCGUAAGCAGAUCCUUCCUAGUAACUUGUAAAGUAACGUAACGCUAUUUUGCUUUCUAAUUAAUUAAAUAUAAAGUCGUUAUUUUUUUAAGUAUACCUAUUAAUUAUUAUUAUAUAAAAAAUAUUAUACUUUUAUUUUUCUCUUGUGUUUAAAAAAAACUUUGAUUGUAAGUAGGGAAUUGUAACGUAUGUUUAAUAUUGAGGUAUCUAUGUUUAAUUCAUACAUUUCGCGGUGUAUGGGAGUCGUUCAAACUUUUUUUAUUAGUCGAACUGUCAUUUUUGGCAUAAAAUUCAUUUUUAGUCUAGGCACUUAAAAAAUUAGACAAGUUUAAAAAUAAUAAAAGUUAAAUCAAAAAUACUUAGGUGGUUUAUUCUUUCUUCCUACACAGUCAUGACAAAAAUUAAGGCCGAAUCCACACCAACAUCUGUCUAGCUUUGUAGAUAAUAAAUAACUUCAAAAUUGACCAUGUCCUUUUUUCCCCUCUACUACUUGUCAGUCUUUUUGAAUGUAAUCUUUACAUAUUUAAUUCAUUUUGUUUUACUGAAUUUUAUGCCAUUUAAAUAUUUUUUUAGGAAAAUUUGCGAAGUAGUCAUUAAAUAUAUUUAUAAAUGUUAUGUGCAAUAAAGAGCGACUCCCAAAGCCAAUCAUUUUAAAUAUCAUUGUGAAAUAAAUAACAUGGCGUCUUACAUACCUAUUGUAUAUGUAACUUAAAAAAAAUAUUUGGUAGCUAUUUAAUUAAGUUUUAGAUAAUCGCGAUAUUGAAGUGAAUGCAAAGUAACAAAAAAUAUAUAUUAUUAUAUAUAUUUACUAUUAAUAGCGUAGACUGCUGGUUAGUUUUGUUUCCCACGCAGGUCUACUGAUGCUUUUUAGUCGGAUACAAAUAUUCUUUUCUUCUUUGUUUUUUAAUUUACCAAUACAUUGAAAUAGCUACAGAGUCAAUAUAAAAAAUAAGUUAAAUAUGUGCUAGGUUCAAUAAUCAUAUUUGAUUUUUUACUCGAACCACAUCGAAGUGUUAAUACUUUAUUUACAAAAAAAAAAAACUGACUCUUGGAAAAUUGCCAACAAAGUCGUUCGUUUGCAUUAGGCCUUAUAUCAAUUGAAUUGUUUAUUAACUCUGUAGCUUUAUUAUUUUAAGAAUUUUGGUAAAUUAAAAAUUUAAAGAUAGUUUUGAAAGGAACAUACUGUAUAAACGAGGCGCGGA